CUGAAAAGUAGCCCUAGAAGCACUUUGCAAAGGCGUCGUCAGCCUCGAGCAUCUUCCCUUCUUUACCUAUCCGCCAUGGCUGCCGUAACCAUAGGCAAAUCCUAUUUCGAAGCUCUACUGCGAAAAGCUGAAUUUCAUACUUCUGCGCAUGAUCUCGACUACUACUCCGACCUCUCCAACAAUGUCACCAUCUCCAAGGCAGAGCACACGUACCUGCUCCAAGCAGUGCGAGAAUACCACUUGCUUAAAAAUGCUCUCUUUCGCGGCGGUCUGACCAACGAGACCUUAGAGACGCUUCUGGAGGGUGAGAGCGGAGCAAACGAUGAGCCCUCACAAUACGACUACCAAGGCGGGGAGACGUUUGAGAAACCAAACACGACCUCCAUAACGAUGAGUGUACCAUCGCACAUCGAGACAUCGCCAGUCUCAGACAACACAGCUAUUGGCAACGGACAACAUUCUAUCGCUCAGCCGCGUACACUGCAACGAAUUCUCAGCUAUGGCGAGCCUAGGUCUUCCAUUAGCAGCUCUCCAAAGGACGAUGAAGAGUACGACCAAGCACUCUCUCAGCGUGUUCCAGUUCACGACCAGCGCACUGUCCUGAUUACCAACCUGUCCGAGCGCACCACUCACAAGGACCUGGCUGGUAUCGUUCGCGGUGGGAGACUGUUGGAUAUCUUUCUUCGCAACGACCGAACGGCUACUAUCUCAUUUGUCGAAGGAGCUUCGGAGUUCUUGGCCCACGCCAAGCGGAACGACAUCUACCUGCACAUGAAGAGGCUUGAGUUCCGCUGGAGCGACCGACAGUUUCAUGUGCCAGCGCAUGUGUCCAACAAGAUCGCCAACGGAGCAACGCGGAAUCUAGUAGUCCGGGGAAUUGCUAGAAAGCUGACAGCUGACCAAAUCCGGGACCAUUUGGAUCAUAUCCACAAUCUGGUUGUGGUCGAUGUCUACUUCAAAGACGGGGACGCGUACAUUUCCACGAAUUCAAUUCACAAUGCCUUGUUCGCCAGGACCUGUAUGAUGUCCCGCACGGCGUAUAAAGGAACACGCAUCGACUACUACCCAGACGAGUGCGCUGCUCCGCUGCCACGAUCUACUUCGAAAGCUCAUACACCAGUCCCGCACGUCUCGAUGAAACCCAUGCCGAUCACGAAUCAAUAUGCACUUCUCGAAAUCGAAUCUGAGUGCAGUUCUGACUCCGACGAUGAAUCAUACAUGACCCACGGCAUUCGAGUCGACGGCCACAACUGGGCAGACACUGCAUUACCUAGCAUCAAAAUGGCGCCAAUAGUCAAAGUCGCAGUCAUCCAACUUUACCCAAAACCCAUGCAACUCGAGCACAACUUCAGCAAAGCCGCAAACUUCAUCCGCUCAGCAGCAGCCCAAGGCGCAGAGCUCGCUGUAUUACCAGAAUACCAUUUGACCAACUGGGUACCCAAAGACCCUGGCUUUGUAGGCCUGUGCGAUCAAUGGGAGACUUAUCUGCAGAAGUAUCGCGAUCUAGCGAAAGAAUGCAAAAUUUGUAUCGUCCCGGGUACAAUCGUAGAGACUCAUAGGGAGAAUGAGAAAGAGGAGGAUAAAUUACUGAAUGUGUGUUAUUUCAUUGACCAGGAGGGAAAUAUUGCGGGGAAGUAUGUUAAGAAGAAUCUAUGGGGCCCCGAACGUGACCACCUCACUGGAUCGGGACGAGAUGUGCAUGAAGUGUUCGACACACCAAUUGGCAAAGUAGGCAUGCUGAUAUGCUGGGACCUCGCCUUCCCCGAAGCCUUCCGCGAACUCAUCGCCAACGGAGCGAAAAUCAUCAUCAUCCCCACCUUCUGGACACUCAACGACUGCAACGAGGCUGGCUUGAAGCAGAAUCCCUCUGCGGAGGCAUUGUUCCUCGAUAGCAUGCUCACCGCGAGGGCAUUUGAGAAUACAUGUGCGAUUAUUUUUGCGAAUGCGGGUGGCCCUCCGGGCCGGGGGUAUGCUGGCCUCUCGCAGGUCACUGUGCCUUUUGUUGGGCCUUUGUCAAAGCUUGGGGGUUGCGCGGAAGGUAUGAGCGUGGUGGAUAUCGAUAUGCAGAUUCUGGAGGAUGCCGAGGCGAAUUACGAGGUUAGGUCUGAUAUCGCGAGGGAUGAUUGGCAUUAUGAUUAUCGGCAUUCGAAGACGAGGGAGAAUUUGUAAUGAC